AUGUCUGCAAACAAGGCCCUCAUCUUCAAGGAAGUCCCCACGGGCUAUCCUGUCCCCGGACAGCACAUUGGCCUGGAGCCGGUCUCCUACGACGCCAACGCCCCCGCCCCCGAGAACGGCAUCUUCGUGCAGUCGCUGUACGCCAGCUUCGACCCCUACAUGCGCGGCCGCAUGCGCCCGGCCGAGGUCAAGUCGUACUCGCCGGCCAUGGCGCUGGGCCAGCCCAUCGACAGCGCGGUCAUCGGCAAGGUGCUGCGCUCCAACACCUCCGCCUACCAAGAGGGCGACCUGAUCCAGGGCUACCUCCCCAUCCAGUCGUACAUCUCCGUGGGCGCGGAGCGGCUGCCGUACGUCAAGAAGCUGGAGAACCCGCUGGGCAUCGAGGACAUCCGGGUGUUCAUCGGGGCGCUGGGCAUGCCGGGCUUGACGGCGUACUCGUCGCUGUACGAGAUCGGGCAGCCCAAGAAGGGGGAGACGAUCUUCGUGUCGGCGGCCAGUGGCGCCGUGGGCCAGCUGGUCGGCCAGCUGGCCAAGCACGAGGGCCUGACGGUCAUCGGCAGCGUGGGCUCCGACGAGAAGCUCGAGUACAUCACCAAGGAGCUGGGCUUCCACGGCGGGUUCAACUACAAGAAGGAGAAGCCGGCGGACGCGCUCAAGCGUCUGGCGCCCAACGGCAUCGACAUCUACUACGAGAACGUCGGCGGCGAGCACCUCGAGGCCGCCCUGGAGGCGAUCAACAACUUUGGCCGGGUGGUCGUCUGCGGCAUGAUCUCCGUGUACAACGGCACCCCCUACCCGAUUAGCAACAUCUCGUACGUGCUGACCAAGCGGCUGACCAUGCGGGGAUUCAUUGUGAACGACCCCGGCAUGGGCGACAAGUACACCAAGGAGCACCAGGAGAAGGUGCAGCAGUGGAUCAAGGAGGGGUCGUUCAAGGCGCUGACGCACGAGACGGUGGGGAUUGAGAACGCGGCCGACGGCCUGGUGGGGAUCUUCUAUGGCAAGAACAAGGGCAAGGCUGUGUUGAAGUUUUAA